GUCUGAGUGCAUUUUUCUGAGCAAGCUGUCAUUGGGUGUUGUGUGUUUUCUUGUGAAAAUUCCCUGAAAAAAGACAAUAAAAGGGUGAUUGCAGUGAAUUAAGGAGCUUCUUUGUGAAGCUGAGUGUUUUGACUAUCAGACUGCAGCAAGAUAUGGAUUGCGCAUGCAGUGGUAUUUGAUAAAAACUCAAGUGUUACAAUGAGGCGUCAGGAGUUUUCACAGACGAGAGAGAGACUGAAAUUGACCAUGCUGGAGUCUCCGAGAGUGUCUGAGGAUGAGGUUAUUGUGGUGGAUGCAGACGAUGCCACAGACAAGGAAGAUGAGAUCCGACGGAGACGCUGGAAGAGUCUCCUGACAGCCACGAGGAAUGUGCUGUUUAUGCCAAAUAGUCUCCUGGGAGCAGAAAAAGUGCCCUACAGCUACCUGAGGGAGUUGAUUGAGGUGAUUGGAAGCACCUCGAAGGGCUCAUCGGUGGAAUAUGUGGCCGAUAUGUGGAAUAUUGUGCUAAAUUUGGUAUCACUGAUGAAGGCCACGUAUGAGGAGACAAAGAUUGACCCAGAGUUCAAAUUGAUCACAAUCGAUCUCCUCACACAUUAUGUUAACUAUAAGGCCAGAAUCACACAGAUUGAGAUCAACCAUCGAUCAAUCACAGCCAAUGAACUCGAAAGAAAGCGGGAGGAUCUCUACAUGAAGAUUUUCCUUCUGCUUGAUGGUGCCAUUGAAGAUAUUCUAAUGCUUCUCAUGAAUCUCGAUGUCAAAAAGGAAUACGAUGGAAUGCUCUAUCCUCUUUUCAAAAAUAUUCUGACCAAUCCCAAGUUCCACAAGAACAUCGACAGCAUUUCCUAUGUCCGCAGGAUUUUGUGCUUCCGCAAAUGGAAGAUACUGACGCUGCUGAGGAAAGAGAAGGAGAUCAUCUAUGAAUAUGCUGAUAAAAUCAUUCCACAGGUCAUACCAAAAGCCAACAAUGACUCAAGGAUGUUCUUUGAGAUCUUGUCUCCAGUUGCCACCAAGCGAAAGACGCAGCCGACAAGGUCAUUCUUGAAGAGCAAGUACGUAGAUGUGCAGAAACAAGUGCAGGAUUUCUUUAGACUAUGGAGAAGAAGCCUCAGUGAUCAGGACAUGAUCAAUGAACGAUUCUCCCGGGAUAUUAUCAAUUCGCUGCCGGAAGUUGAGGAAUCUGUAAGUACAAGUAGUUUUUUAGGCAUUUUCAGAUUUUUCCCAGCAACUUUCGUCUUCAAUCAACACAAAAAGUCUUCAAUCAACAAUUUCUUCAAUCAACACAUUAUCUUCAAUCAACAUCUUUUCUUAUUUUCUUUUCAAUUUGCUUAAAAUUUAACGUAAAAUUUCAAACGAGAGAUUCUUUCAAUGGAAUUUCAUUUUUUCUUGCAUUUUGUUUUUCAUUUAACAAAAAAAAAAUAUCAAACUCAAUUGCAUGAUUCAGGAUCUUCAAUCAACAUUCUUCGAAGAAAGGAGUGAGAAGAGAAAGGAGCUGUCGAAAGGUGGUGGAAAUGGGCUAUGUAAGGCACAGGGAAUAAGAUUAGUUAAAAAUAGUGUAGAAAAAUCUAAAGCAGGAAGUUGGAAUUGUAGAUCAAAGAGUGACUCCAUUUCGCAUGUUCCUGUGAUAAAUUUAUGUGAUGGAGAAGACAAGAUAGAAAAGCCCAUGAUUAUUGUCGAGAUUCUGGACAGUGAUGAGGAGAUUGAAGGGAGAAAGGCUGAUGAUACAGCUGAAAUGCCCACAGAGACAGCUAAACAGGUUCCUAUUGAAGAUAUUCAUGAAAAUUAUGUAGAACGGAAGGAUUCUCUGCCGGCUGUUCGGCAGAAAAGGGAGCAACCGAAGCGACGACUUCCGAAGAGGAAGAUGCUAAAGGUUCCCAAGAGAAGAAUCCACCGGACACGGAGGAAAAGAAUCUUGGUGAGGAAACGAAAAGUUGAGACUACGUCUCUGCUUGGUUCAAGUGAAGUUGGUCCAGAAGAUCCCAGUGAGGUAUAUUCCAAUGUCAGUGAUACCCCUCUAGAUGAUGAUCUUCUGGUUGAACCAAUUUCUGAGCAUGAUGUGCCAGAAUCUACAAGGGAUUCUUGCAAUGCAACUCCAGUUCUGGAUGAACAUCCUAUUCAUGAAGAUGAAAAUACUCAAUGUCUCGAUGAACAGACAGAUUUGGGGAAUUCCAGGGUUAUUUUCAGUACGUCCUUCAAAGGACGACACUGGAAGGAUUUCUAUUCGAAGGAUCUCGAAGAACAUCCUCCGAAUGGGGCAAGAGUUUCAGUAAAUCAUUGUGAUUUUGAAGUCACUACAGUAGAAGCAGGCAGAAAAGAGUUCGGCAGUGAGAACAAUGAAGUCUUAUCUGAAUCUUGUGAACCCUGUCACAAUGCAGAGAGCUCGAUUGAUAAGACAUGCAGAGCAAAUUCCAGUGAAUUAAAUGAUUCGAGAGAAUGUGAGAAAGAGGAAUUUGAAGUAGCAGAA